AUGAGCUCCAACUCGGACUCGGAGGCGCAUAGUCUCUAUCCAUAUGAGCCAAGUCAUGUCCUCCCGGCAUUUUUUGCUGUCUUGAUUGGCAUAUCCCUAGUGAUACACAUCUACCAGAAUUUCCGCUACAAAUUCUGGAGUACCACAUUCUGGAUGUCAUGGGGAGGUGCAAUAUUUACUGUGGGUUGGAUAGCACGAUGCAUAGCGAGCCACAACACCUCUAAUUUGAACCUAUACAUCGUUCAAACGGUUUUCAUCUAUGCAGGACCUCCCAUAUACUCCGCAACAGCCUACAACAUGAUCGGCCGACUACUACACUACCUACCAAUGCACGCUCCCCUUCACCCCAACCGCGCCACCAUCUUUUUCAUCUAUUUGGGUAUAGCCGUUGAGUCCCUGACGACUGCAGGCGCUUCUCGCAUGGCCACCAAUGCAGACGACUUGUCUAUAUUCAAAAGUGGUGGGACGCUCAUCUCCAUCGCGCUUGUGUUGCAAGCCAUCGUUGAAGCCAUGGUGGUGGGCGUGGUUAUUCUGGUACAUUAUCGUGCCAGACAUGCCGCUCGUCCACCGCCAUGUAAUGUUCAAAGACUCUGUUAUACGUUGUACGGUACAUCGUUCUUGGUUAUCUUCCGAUGCAUCUGCCGAGCAAUCGAGUCUUUUACCACUUUCACUCAAAUUGAUAGCUGCCUGCAAGGCCAUUGUAGCCCUAUCAUAACUCACGAAUGGUAUCUCUACUGCUUUGAGGCUGCGCCCAUGGUCGUGUUUACCUACUGGCUUAAUUUCAUGCAUCCUGGUCGGUUCUUACCGCGAGAAAAGACUCGUUAUCUAGACUUGGAUUGCGAGACGGAGCGCCUUGGUCCUGGCUGGAUUGAUAAGCGAUCCAUGUGGCAGACUGUGAUUGACCCCUUUGAUUUGUCGGGUAUAAUCUCCGGGAAGCCCAAUCACGAGGCCUUUUGGUUGUGGCCUGAAAAGUGGCCAGCUGCUGUUGAUGGUAGUUUUGCGCUGGGAACGGCGUCGAAUGUGCGGGAAGCGGAGUACAAGACAUCCGAGUGUCCUGAAAGUGCACAUGAGAAACAGCCAUCUCAAUCAGUUUAA